UUUCUUUCAUUCACCAUCUUUUCUUUCUUUCUCUCUCUUUCUUUAUAUAAGACAUUCAUAAAAUCACAAUAAACACACCAAAAAAGGGUAAAUGAGCAUUCAAUUCAAUAUGACUAAUGCUCAAGAGUUGGGGCAAGAGGGUUUUAUGUGGGGCAUAUCCAAUUCUGAUGAUUCCGGAGGUGGUUGCAGAGGAAUCGAGAAACAAUCGCCUCCAUCGCAACCUUCUCAUCCGUCGCCAAAGAUCCAGACUGCGACGGUGAAAAAGGGGAAAAAAAGGACGAAAAGAAAUGAUAAAAACCAUGAAGAAGAAUCACCUGAUCAUGAAAUACAUAUAUGGACCGAAAGAGAAAGGAGAAAAAAAAUGAGGGACAUGUUUUCUAAAUUACAUGCUUUGCUUCCUCAACUUCCCCCUAAGGCAGACAAAUCAACGAUAGUAGAUGAAGCAGUGAGUUCCAUCAAAUCCCUUGAACAAACUUUGCAAAAACUCCAAAUGCAAAAGCUCGAGAGGCUUCAGUAUUCUUCUGCCUCAACAAACACAACUCCUACUACAACUUUGGCUUAUGAUCCAUCUUCAUCUUCUUCUCCAACAACUCUCCUCACACCAAUCUCAAACCAUCCCAUAGGCGCCACCGCAGCAGAUUCUUACCCUCGCGCAGCUUUCCUGCCUUACCCUUGUAAUGAUCCGAUCGUGACUUUCGAUACUUGGUCCUCACGUAACGUCGUGCUGAAUAUCUGUGGAAAUGAAGCAUUCUUCAAUUUGUGUGUCCCUAAACACAAAUCAGGGGUUUUCACUUCUGUUUGUUACUUGUUUGAGAAGUAUAACAUGGAGGUUUUGUUUGCUAAUGUCUCCUCUAAUGUUUUCCGGAGCACCUACGUGAUCCAAGCACAGGUAAAUCCGAGUUACGAGAGUCAGUUAUUGGGAAAUGGGUUUGGAGUAGGGGACAUUUUCAAGCAAGUUGCUCAAGAACUGGUGUUAUACCUUUCAUCUCCAUAAAUCGUAUCUGGUUGCUUCCGUUUGAAUUUUCAGUAUUUUCAGGUUUUUUUUUCUGCAAAGUCCCAUCUCUUUGCUUAUGCAGAAGAUUAGCUUGGACUUUUCACUUUAAACCCCAUUAUCAAAAAAGAAAAAAAAAAAAAAAAAAAAAAGGAAUAAGAGAAGAAAUAGCUUCUUCGAACCUUGUUGUCUAGUGAUUUCUUUUUCGCAAUUUUAAUUUUCUUCUCUUUAUCAAUGUAUUGGCAAAUAUUAUCCAAUGAGACAUUUAAGC